AUGGAUCAGGAAUGCAAGAUCAAGGUUCAUCGACCAAAGGUUCAGAGCAAAAUUAAGUUACUGAGUUUUUCACCUAGUCCAGCCAAUGAAAACCCAUCUCAGUUAACUAGUCCAGCCGUUGGAGGAUAUUCUUCACGUGCACAAACUGGUGAGGAGCGUAAGCAAGUGUGUAAGUGGUCAACAGCUGAAGACCUGGUCCUCAUCAGUUCAUGGCUUAACACCUCCAAGGAUCUAGUAGUUGGGAAUGAGCAAAAGGCAGGAACGUUUUGGAAGAGGAUUGCCUCUUAUUAUAAUGCAAGUCCGAAGGUGGUUGGUUUCACUAAGAGAGAGCCAAGCCACUGUAAGAAAAGGUGGGGAAAGAUAAAUGAAGGUGUCUGCACGUUUGUGGAGUCAUAUGACGCUGCAUCCAAACAGAAGAGCAGUGGCCAGAAUGAAGAUGAUGUUUUGAAGGCUGCACAUGAAAUUUUUUUCAAUGACUACACGGUUAAGUUCACAUUGGAGCAUGCCUGGCGGGAGCUUAGGAAUGAUCAAAAAUGGUGUGGGACUUAUGGAAGUAGUCAACAAAGUUCUUGUGCAAAAAGAAAGAGGGUGGGGGAACAACAAUCUUUUCAGUCAUCAACAUUUAUGCCGAGUGUCAAUGGAGAGGCUUCUCCAACAGCUAGGCCUAUUGGCGUUAAGGCAGCAAAAGCCAACAAGGGUAAAAGGGCAGUGGGAGAAGAAGAGAAGAUUCUGCAAGGGUUUCAGCAAAUGUGGGAGCUCAAACAGAAGGACUUGCAAGAACAGACCCAGUUACUGAAUAUGAAGAAUAAGGUUAACAAGUCCAAACUGCUUGACAGUUUGCUUGCGAGAACAGAGCCACUUACUGAAUUAGAAGUGGCUCUUAAGAAUAAACUGAUUAGUGAAAUGUUAAUGUAA